AUGCUUGUUGCUGGAACGGACACUAGCGCAGCUACAAUAAUUUGGGCAAUGACAGCCAUGAUGGCAAAUCCAAAUGCCAUGAAGAAAGUUCAAGCAGAAAUUAGAGAGUCGGUUGGGAAAAAGUCCAUAGUGAAUGAAGAUAACGUCCAAAAUCUUCCAUAUUUUAAAGCAGUGAUAAAAGAGACAUUUAGAUUGUAUCCAUCAGUUCCAUUGUUAGUAGCAAGAGAGACGAUGCAAACUUCCAUACUAGAAGGAUAUGAAAUUAAACCAAAAACUAUAGUUUAUGUUGACGCUUGGGCAAUUGGAAGGGAUCCUGAAAUAUGGAAAAAUCCAAAAGAAUUUAUACCUGAGAGGUUCUUGAAUAAUGAUAUUGAUUUUAAGGGACAAGAUUUUGAGUUGAUUCCAUUUGGAGCAGGUAGAAGAGGGUGCCCAGGUAUAGCACUUGGUGUGGCAAAUGUGGAACUUGUACUUUCCAAUCUUCUUUACGCUUUUGAUUGAGAGUUGCCUCAUGGGAUGAAAAUAGAAGACAUAGACACUGAUGUUUUGCCUGGAAUCAUACCACAUAAGAAAAAACCAUUGUGCCUUGUUCCUAGAAAUUAUCACUAGAAAUUGAACAAGACCAAACUCCAGUGUUUAAAUUAGUUAAAUAUGUAUGCAUAACUUUGUAAGUUAUCCAUGUUUAAUAUGGUCGUAUGGUUUUAUGUCUGUUACUUUUUGUUAUAAACUUGUAAUGGAGUAGUUAUUUCAAUAAAAUCUCUC